CCAAGCCAAGCCCAACUCUAAUUUCAUUGGUUUGCGAAACCCUAAAUAUCAGAUCACAUCGUUUUAUGCCUUGGUAAAAGGAAAACCCCUAUACAUUUGUGUUAGGGUUCUUCGUCAUCGCCGUUUCGAAGCUGCGAAUCCAAGUUUUCACAAAUGGCUCCGAAGAAGGGUGGAAAGCCGAUUGUAACCAAGAAGAAAACGGAGAAGGUCGCGAAUCCAUUGUUCGAGAAACGACCAAAGCAAUUUGGAAUCGGUGGAGCUUUGCCUCCUAAGAAGGAUCUUCACAGAUUCGUAAGAUGGCCUCAAGUCGUCCGAAUUCAAAGAAAGAGGAGAAUCCUCAAGCAGCGUUUGAAGGUCCCACCAGCCUUGAACCAGUUUACCAAAACCCUUGACAAAAAUCUCGCAACGACUUUGUUCAAGAUGCUACUCAAGUACAGGCCGGAAGACAAAGCAGCCAAAAAGGAACGCCUUUUGAAGAGAGCUCAAGCUGAAUCAGAAGGAAAGACUGUUGAAGCUAAGAAACCCAUUGUUGUGAAGUAUGGUCUUAACCAUAUCACCUACCUUAUCGAGCAGAACAAGGCACAAUUGGUGAUCAUUGCCCAUGAUGUUGAUCCAAUUGAAUUGGUUGUCUGGCUUCCUGCACUCUGCAGAAAGAUGGAAAUCCCUUACUGCAUUGUAAAGGGGAAAUCUCGUUUAGGAACUAUUGUCCAUCAGAAAACUGCAGCAGCGUUGUGUUUGACCACAGUCAAGAACGAGGAUAAAAUGGAAUUCAGCCGAGUAUUGGAGGCCAUCAAGGCUAACUUCAAUGACAAGUAUGAGGAGUACAGGAAGAAGUGGGGUGGUGGAAUAAUGGGUUCCAAGUCACAGGCAAAAACUAAGGCAAAAGAGAGGGUUCUUGCAAAGGAGGCUGCUCAGAGGUUGAAUUAGAUUAUGCUUUUCGUAAUGUACUUUCUGGUUUUGAUUUUUGUUUUAGAAAAUCUAAAUUUAAGGUUAUUUUUCGUUUCGAAAUUUUGAAAGGACAAAUAUUUACUUGUUAUGGUUAUUGUAUGUGUUUGGUUUUUGGAUUUAUGAUAAUUAUUGAUUCGAAGUGAGUUGC